AUGACAGUUACGGAAUACUACACCAAGUUUAUUGAAUUAUCCCGUUUUGCUGAAGGGUCUGUCUCUACGGAGAAAGCAAAAGCUAGGAAGUUUGAGAGUGGGUUAACUACUGAUUUGCAGUUAAAGCUGUGCGGGCAGGUAUUUGAGACCCUGGAUGAAGUAUAUGGAAGGGCCGCACACGUUUAUGCUCUAGAAGAAAAGAAGAAGAAAGAGUUAGCUGAAAUAGAAGGAAGAGAGAAGAGGAAGGAAGUGGGACAAGUUUCUGGAAACCAACAGGGAAACCAGAAUGGUAUUAAGAAACAGAAAUACCACCAUAAAAAUAACUUCCAUAACAAUAACAACUUCCAUGAUAAUUACCGUCAAGGGAACAUUAACAACAAUGGAGGGGCUAGAAACAAUAACCAGGGAAACAACAAGAAUGGAAGAGUUUAUUUUUGCAAAAGGUGCGAGAAUAACCACCCUGGAAUGGAUUGUGAGGGCAAUGCGGUCACUUGUCAUUUUUGUAACAAGCUCGGGCAUAGAGAAUAUGAGUGUUUCUCUAAGAACAGUAAUGGGAACAAGAAAAACAAUAAUAAUUCAGGGGGAAACCAAAGGAAUUUCCAACAGAACAACAAUAACUUUGCUGGGAACAAGGGAGUGCCACAAAAUGGGGCAAGGAACAGUAACACUACCAAUGGGAAUAACUAG